CGUGCGGCACUGGCAUCAGGACUUGUGGUUCAGCUCGGUUUCGGGGAGAGACAUGGCUGCCAUAGCUUCGUCCUUGCUUGUUGUCAAUAUAGCCCUGUUAUUGAACUCUCGUAUUGCUGAUUAUCACCGAACUUGGGUAACAGCCUGAGGACUUCUGGCAAUCUAAGGUCCAUCUUGUCUUCACUGUGAGCCGCUGGUCAAUUCUGACAAUGGAGUCUGUCAAACGCUUUGCUGCUCCACCGUUAUCAUCUCAUGACUCUAAAAACGACUUCCUCAUCGGCCUACGAGGUUUCUUCGUCAUUCAAUCUUUCUUGCAUACCUUUCUCCUUGUCUUCGCCCCCGGCUCUGUCGUUCACUCAGCCAACGCCCAAGAAGGGUCGCACAGCUCCAGUCUCCACAAAGCGCUCAAGUUUGUCUCCAUCCUUUUCUGGAACGAUGGCAUCAUUUACUCAGCCUUCAUCCUUCUCAGCGCUCGCACAAUAUGCAUUCCCUUCAUGAAAGACAAGACCAAGCUUUCCGUUGCGGGGUCAAUCUUUCGUCGUGGCAUCCGGUUGUGGUUCCCAGUCGCUGUUGCUUUGGCUAUCAGUACCGGUGUCUUGCAGUCGACUGGAUACAAGUACAUUGAUGACUUCGCAAAGGCGACUGGCAACAUCUCCAUCCUGGUGCCUUACAAGAUCGACAAUGCACUGAUCUACUUCAAUUCGGUGUUCAACCUGUUCUGGGUUACGACGCGGUUCUCAGAUCAGGCAGGCAGCUAUGCGUUUCCGGGUCAGAUGAUGUGGGUUAUCAAUGUUAUCUACAUGCAGAGCUUCACGGUCUACAUGACGAUGGUCAUCAUCCCGUACACACGCCGAUCCUGGCGCGUCAAAGGCGCCUUCUUCUUCAUCAUCACAGCGUGGUGGGUUCAAUCUUGGGCUUGGUAUUCCAUUACCGGCCUACUGCUCGCAGACAUGGCUACAAACAUGGACUUCAAGGCCAAAGCCCAACGUGGGAUUAAGAUCUGGCGGUCCAUCAGGUGCCCAUCAUACUUUGCCUAUGCGGUCAUCCUGGCGGCAGGGUUGAUCAUGCAGUACUUGUGGGCAGCUUGGCGCCCUGAGUACCGCGAUGACGAGCUCAUUGCGCAUGGAGGACUAUACUACACUGGUGGGCUCAACGAAGACUUCGACGUGAAGCAGCCGCAAGCAAGAGACGAUAAUUAUUUUGUAUUACUGGGGUUUCUACUGUGUGUGGAGACAUCUGACAUCAUACAAUGGGCAUUGGCUAACCCACUCUUCGUCUACCUUGGACAACGGUCCCUGAGUUGGUUCCUCGUUCAGAGCAUCUUGGUGUACACGAUGGGCAUCAAACUCUUCCAGACCUUGCACAUGACGAGCGAGGUUGCUGCGACGGCUGCCUGCUUCUUUGCGAUACUUGGGGCUACAGCAGUGGGAUCGGAAGUAUUUUAUCGGGCUGUGGAGGUCCCUUCACAUGUACUGUCUUAUACAACCUUCGACUGGAUCCGCGAUUGAAGCUGAUACGUGCUGGGGGUGGUUCAAAGCACCGGGACCGGAACGUUCAAGAGGGCUGGAAAUUCUCGAGACUGCAGACCAGAGGUCGAUAGAGCAACGUCUUGGUUGUUAGCUCUGUAGUAGCGAGAAGACUACCAGGAGAUAUAAUGUAAUGAGAUGAAGUUUUUCAAGCGGAAAAUAGUAUGUCUCCCACGCUCUACCAAUUGCGCGCUACUUCAGACCUUUGUCGUGGUACUACAACAAUUUUGAAAAAGGGUAUCCCUCGUUUCGUAUGAAACCACCAAUACUCAGUCUCAUCGCGCUUUCAGCAAGCUCCAUCUUUGCUGCCUCACCAGGCACCUUCAGCACAUCCAG